AUGGUUACAACUAUCGCACUCCUCGGUGCAACUGGGAAGACGGGGCGUGAGGUGCUACGACGAUUCCUUGAGAAGCCAGAUGUGGAUAUACGACUUUAUGUACGCUCACACUCCAAACUUGUGGGCCUCUUCCCGAAUUUGGCCUGUGAUCCUCGCAUUUCCAUCUUUCCCGGACCCAUAGAAGAUGUCGACAACAUGAUAAAAUGCCUCGACGGCGCAACCAACAUCAUCUUUGCACUUGGAGAAAACAACGAUUUCACCGGUUCUGUGAGAAUAAUUGAAUCUGGUGCGAAGACUGUCAUUGUGGCCCUUGCAGCGCUGCGCAAGCGCUGUCCAGAUUGGUCACGCCCUCGACUCCUGAUGUUGUCAUCGGCGACGUGGAAUGAUACCCUAAACAAGACACGACCACCCUUGAUACAUUGGGCAAUCAAGAACGCAUUCUACCACGGAUACGUCGAUUUGCGUGCUGGAACCGCCAUUGUACUAGGGGCCCCUUCACUGGUCAAUGUCCUUCUUGUCCAGCCUAACGGCCUCGUCGAAGGACAGCCCAGUGGUCACGAAAUCAACACUGAGCGAGCCACUUUUAGUGUGACUUACGGUGAUUUGGGUGCCGCAUUCGUGGACUUAGCUUGUAUGAAAGAGUAUGACACACUGUCGGCAGUUGGAGUGUCGAGCAAAGACGGUGACAAUGCCCUGAAAUAUGGUCCUACUCUGGGAUACACGAUCCUGAGGGGAUUGUGCGCCACCUAUAUCCCUGGUUACUGGCCUCUCCAUCAAUUUGUCGUUUCAUUAGUGUCAACGUUAACUUUGAAAAUAAAAGGAGAAUGA